AUGUCUCUCGUCAACCUCGCACAUGUCUGCUCGCACAUGCAGAACGCCUCCAAAGCUCGCCUUGGAUUGACAUCAAUACCGGUCUCCAAGAUGCACGUCAACAUUGCGCUGGGUCUGCAACGCGAAGGCUUCCUCUCUUCAGUCACACUCGGCGGGCCAACACCACCAAAGCCCUUUCUCCUCCAGACACAGCAAGAUCCCGAGCAACUAGACAUAAUGGCACAGAAGCUGAAGGAGGAGCCAUGGCUUGCAUACCCCAUCGAUGCACCAGAAGGCACUGGAGAGAAGGCACCACUAGGUCAAGAGCAGGUCCACGAUAUACACGUACCUCAGAACCCGGCGCGGAGACGGUUAUGGCUUGGCCUAAAGUACUGGCAAAACGAGCCCGUGUUGAAGAACAUGAAGCUAGUGUCCAAGCCCACACGGCGGAUAUGGCUGACGAGCGAGGAUUUGGGCAAGAUCACGAGGACACGCGAAUCGAGCUAUGUAAAGGGACUGACGCAUCCCGGAGAAUGCAUGUUCCUUACAACAGACCGAGGAAUACUCGAGGCAAGAGAAUGUGUGGAGCGACAGUUGGGUGGUAUGGCGCUUUGCAGAGUGUGGUAG